GCAAUACUUCGGAGCAAUGGGGAUCACGGAUGAAGAGGCAAGAAUUUAAUUUGCUACUCUUUGCCUUUCAGAUAUUGCUAUGCUAUGGUGGAGAAGAAGGCAAGGAGACGUCGAAAAAGGUAUGCGUACCAUCUCCACUUUUGAUGACUUUAAGAAAAAGCUAAAGAGGCAGUUCUACCCUGAAAAUGCGGAAGAUGAGGCUAGAGCCCAAUUGCGAAGACUCAAGCAAAUAGGAUCGAUCCGAGAAUAUAUCAAGGAGUUUACUAGUCUGGUCCUUCAAAUCCCUGAUUUGUUAGACAAGGAUGCUCUAUUCAACUUAAUUGACAUGCUCCAACAAUGGGCAAAGACGGAGCUUAGGAGGCGUGGUGCUCAAGAUCUCGCUUUCGCCAUCGCCAUUGCAGAAAGCUUGGUGGACUAUACAAAGGAGUCUACAAAGCCAAACGAAAAGAAGAGCAACUAUGUCAGAAGUGGGGGAAACUGGGAGCAACACAAGGAAGAGAAUCUUCGCGAAUCGACCUCGUUCAAAGCAAGAGACAAGGGAAAGUUUAACAACAACAAGACUAAACCAUACAACAGUUGCUUCCUUUGUGGAGGACCACAUUGGGUAAGGGAUUGUCCACAGAAGAAAGCUUUGAACUCUCUUCUUGCAAGUUAUCAAGAGGUAGAGGAAAAUGACAUAGACGCUCAGGUGGGAACUAUGCAACUACUCAAUGCGGUACGCUCCUCUCAAAAAAAUCUGGUAAAAGGACUUCUCUUUGUAGAGGUGAUUAUAAGGAACACAUCUACUAAUGCAAUGAUGAUAUGAGAGCUUCUCAAAACUUCAUCUCUAUUGAAGAAGCAAUGAAGAUGGGUUUGCAAAUUACUGGAGGUGGGUGCUCUCCAUCAAGGCGGUUAACACUGCAGCUAGGUCGAUCCAUGGAGUGGCUAAAGGAGUGAAGACCUGUGUAGGGGAUUGGUCAGGUUUGCUAAAUUUCUCCAUCAUUCCCAUGGAUGAUUUCAAGGUAAUCCUUGGUAUAGAGUUCUUGGACCAAGUAAGGGCGUUCCCGAUACCAUUUGCCAAUAGCAUGUGUAUCAUGGGAGGCGACCAAGCUUGCCUAAUACCGACAACAAGAGCUAGGCAGCAGGAGACCAAGAUGCUAUCAGCCAUUCAAUUCAAGAAGGGCAUUCGACGAGAGGAGGAGAGCUACUUGGCUAUCCUUCAUGACUCCGACGAAGAAUUGAAGCCUGAAGGAACCACGCUAAGGGAAGUAGUGGAAGUAAUUACCGAAGGAACUACCGCUAAGAAGGGAGGUCGAUCAACAAAUUGAGCUGGAGUCAGGGACUAAGCCACCAGCAAUGGGAGCUUACCGCAUG